CAAAUUUCAUGCACCAGGCCUCUAGUUUUAAAAUAAAAAUGAAUAUAGAGCUUUGAAAUGAAAUUGACCAGGACAGGAAGUGCUUAUAUGACGGAUGGAAAUGACACCCAGUCCCUUAGAGGUGGGCAGUUUAGCUUUGGCUCUCACUUGAAAACCCCUGAAUCUUCCCAUUACUACCUAAUUCACUCUCAGAAGUCAAAACUGCAGCAUGCUAAUCUGCCCUGUCAUAGGCUUUUCUUGAGUCCUUAUCAGCCUUCCUCAGUGGGUAAUGUUAUGAAGACUGGGAGAGUCUGGCAGGGUUCCUGCUCCUCCCAGGCUGAUAUCAAAGAGCCACAGGACUGUGACAAAAAGCAAACAUUCAGAGGAAAGCCAGAUGUGGAACUGAAACAACAAGAGAAGAAGCAAGAGUAUCAGCACACAGGGGCUGCUGAGAUGGAAUGUCUCCAGACCAAUACAGAAAUGCUCUAUCCUGAGAUAAUUGUAGACGUGGGCACAGUGACUUUUGGAGAAGAGAACCGGAAGAAGAUGACCAAUAACCAGUUGAAAAGAAAUGAGAAUUCUAAAAUCAUCCAAGCCGCCUGUGCACUGUUAAAUUCUGGAGGGGGUGUGAUCAAAGCAAAGAUUGAUGAUAAAACCUACAGCUACCGCUGCCACGGGCUGGGACAGGAUCUGGAGACUUCUUUUCAGAAGCUCCUUCCUUCAGGCUCACAGAAAUACCUUGACUACAUGCAACAGGGGCACAAUCUCUUGAUUUUUGUCAAGUCAUGGAGCCCAGAUGUUUUCAGCCUCCCCCUAAGGAUCUGUAGCUUGCGUUCCAAUUUAUAUCAGAGAGAUGUGACUUCCGCUAUAAACCUGAGUGCUAGCAGUGCCCUAGAACUUCUCAGACAGAAGCAAUCUAGAGCCCAAAGAGGAAGACCCAGGGUGAAGGAGCUGCAUCCUCAGAAAGUUCUUGACAGACACAUUCAGGAAGAGGAAGAUAUGAGGCUGUCUGCCUCAGAAUUUCUUAAAAAGGACAAACUCAUGUAUAAAGAGAAACUCAACUUUACUGAAUCAACACAUGUUGAGUUAAAAAGGUUCACCACCAAAAAGAUUGUCCCUAGGACUAAAGAAAUGUUGCCUCAUUACAUUUCUGCAUUUGCCAACACCCAUGGGGGAUACCUAAUUAUCGGGGUAGAUGAUAAGAGCAAAGAAGUGUUUGGAUGUAAGAAAGAAAAAGUGAACCCUGACUUAUUAAAAAAAGAAAUAGAAAAUUGCAUAGAAAAACUGCCUACAUUCCACUUCUGCCAUGAAAAGCCAAAGGUGAAUUUCACUACCAAAAUCUUGGAUGUCUACCAAAAGGAUGCCCUGUAUGGUUAUGUCUGUGUUGUUCAAGUGCAGCCCUUCUGCUGUGUGGUAUUCACAGAGGCUCCAGAUUCGUGGAUCAUGAGGGACAAUUUGGUCGCAAGGCUGACGGCAGAGGACUGGGUGACUAUGAUGCUGGAUAUUCCACCAGCUACCUCCAGUUUGGCUACAGACUACAGCCUUCACCCGAUUUCACCAGCUUCAUCUGCACUAAGAAGCUCAUCAUAUCCUAUGAAAGUCCUGGAAUUUAAGGAAGUUCUACAACAACGUUUGCUUCCAGUGACACAGGAAGAGAUACAAUUUAAACCAGAAUCCCUCUGUAAGACACUGUUCUCAGAACAUAAAGAACUGGAGGAAUUCAUGAAGACACAGAUAUGUCCUAUCUCACAGGGGAUUGUGAUAUUUUCUCGAAGCUGGGCUAGUGAUAUUGGCUUAAGGAAAGAGCAGAAUGUCUUGUGUGAUGCUCUCCUAAUAGCGGUGAACAGCCCCCUGGUACUCUAUACAAUCUUGAUGCACCCGAGUGGGCCCGAGGGGCCUGAGUAUGCCCGAACCACUGCUCGUCAGUUAAAGCAGAAACUGGGAACUGUUGGUGGUUACACGGGGAAAGUGUGUGUCAUUCCGAGACUACUGCACCUGCCGGACACACAGUCUAGACCCUGUGGAAUCCCUGUCCACUACCCCCAAUCCUACCAGCUUGCUGAUGAGGAGGAAAUGGAAGACUUGUUGCAGGCCCUUAUCGUGGUGGUCUUGCUGUGCUCUCGAUCCCUUCUGAGUGACCGGCUGGGCUGUGAAUUUUUCAACUUGCUCAUAGAGGAGCAGUGUGAGUUGCUUUCAGAGAGCCUUCAAGAGACGCGAGAAUUGUUCAUCCACUGCUUCCCAGGAACCAGGAAGACAGCCCUCGCCAUAAAGAUCAUGGAGAAAAUCAAGGACCUAUUCCACUGCAAACCAAAAGAGAUCCUCUAUGUUUGCGAACAUGACUCCUUAAAGGAUUACGUGGCCCAACAAACCACCUGCCAGGCUGUGACGCGGAAAACCUUCAUGCAAGGGGAGUUCCUAAAGAUUAAACACAUAGUGAUGGAUGAGACGGAGAAUUUCUGCAGUGUAUAUGGUGAUUGGUACAAGAAGGCUAAGAGUAUCACCCAUCCAGAGGUGAGGGGAGCUGGAAGGAAAAACCUUCAUCACGGGGUUCUCUGGCUUUUCCUGGACCCCUUCCAAGUCCAUCAUGCUGAUGUCAACGGCCUCCCCCCUCCAUCUGCUCAGUUUCCUCGGAAAACAAUCACCAAAGGGAUCCACUGUUCUCUGGAAAUAGCAAUGGUCAUGAAACAAGAAAUGAAGAAGAUCAAAGAAAGUCCUCCGCCCAACAUGUUUCUGGACACACUGGCACUGUUCAGGGAAGCCGCCUACGAGGAAGCAAUGCGUGCCCAGGCUCUUCCUGGGGUGUGUGAAACAGAGACCAACCUGACAAUAGAACAAAUUGCAAAGUACGUGGCAGAAAGAUGUCACAACCUGUUCCAAUGUGGCUAUCUGCCCAAAGAUAUAGCAAUUCUGUGCAGGAGAGGGGAGGACAGAGGACGCUAUGAGCUUGCACUGCUAAAAGCAAUGGAAUUAUUUGAGACCCACAGAGCAACAGAAGUUGUGUUCAGCCAGGCCCCUGGUGUUUUGGGCAGUCACAUCAUUUUAGACAGCAUUCAGCAGUUUUCAGGCCUAGAGAGGAAUAUUGUGUUUGGGCUUAGCCCAGAAUGCAGUCCUUCAGAGGAAACUCAUAGGCUCUCCUUUGCCUCAAGAGCCAUUAAACACCUCUACCUGCUUUAUGAAAAGAGAACAGCUUUCUGAAAAUUAUUUCAAACAGUACAGGAAGCCAUAGGAGCAGAGUCCCUUCUCCCAGGCAGGUGGCAGGUACUCCUUUUAGCAUAUUACAAAUGAGGAGCUCAAGGCACAAUCAGUAUGGCAGAGAGCCACAGAAACGUCUCUUGGGACUGAUCCUGCCACUGCAUUUUGCAGUGUCACUGUCCUUUUCCCAGUCUACUUCACCUCCUCAAUGUACAAUUACAACAGACUUAUAAUUGGUCCCCUGCCUCUGGUUUUACCUUGUCCAAUCCAGCCUUCAUCCUGUCAACCAGAGAUGUUCUCCUCAAACAGAGAACUGAUUUUUAUGACAUUCCCUGCUAGUGUAUCUUCAGUGAGUCCCUGCAAUGUUGAAACCAAGCCAUUUUUCAAGGCUUUCCAUGAUAUACCCUGACUUACUCGCUUAAAACAGUAUUAUGUCUCCAUCUUCCAGUGUUUCUAAUGCACCCAGCCUUGCUGACCUAUUUUGGGGAUGGAAGGUAGGGUGGCCUUCAGGCUACUUACUUUGACUGGGUCUCUCAGGGUAGUACCUUGGUUGGCACCUCAUACUGGCUGUGGGUCCCAAGCUUCGUAGGGUCAGAACUUGAUUUCCUCUUUGCACCAAGUUUGGAUCAGUUUCUUGGGGAUGGCUCUGUGUUAAUCAAGCUCACAAAAGACCAAGGCAUAACUGACAAUUUACAAUGAGGAUUAUAGUAAUAAGUGGGCCAGAUGCUCUUGCUAAUCAGCACAUGCAGUAGUAACAUAGGAGGCCAAAUUACAUAAGCAUAGCUUUACAGCAAGGGGAGCUGAUAAUAUGAUCAAAUGUAUGGCUUAAAGCUAUGAUAGACUAUUGCAAACACAUCUACAAUAGGAAUAUUUCCAUCACAAGGUCAGAUUUACCAAAAAAAGCAAAUUUAGAAUGCUAAGAGUGACUAGUUGUUCCAUAUUCUUUGCCUUAAAUGAUUUUUUCUUUCUGAGUUUCUAAAGUAAACCAUCAACCUUCCCCUCACUCCUCUCAACACAUAACAGUACUUUACUCACAUUCAUUUUCUACCAGUUAAUACUUUCAUCUAGACUAGAAACUGCUUCUACCCUGCUGUUGGCCUGGGACAUAGUCUGUCUAUCAGGGGUCUUUGCACAUCCCUAAACUCUUCCAUUAUGAUUUGGUGUUAAUUUUAUAAUUCAACUUUAAGAGUUCAUGGGGAGCCUGGAUGGCAAUUCUACCACCUAGGUGCCUCUACAUUCUUGGCUCCUGGCUGUGCCAGUGCCAUUUUCUCAACCUUCAAACCCUUUUGUGCUCCCUCUAUCUGUUGAAAUUCUUACUUGCCAAUCAAGUCCUUGUUCAAGUCCUUGUUCGGUUAAACUUGGUCUUUUCUUUCACAGCCUUUCUAUGGCUUAAAAAAAUGUGUUUAAAGGAUAACACCCAACUCAUUCUAAACUAUACCAAAGAAGUAGUUGUUGGCAUAGCAGAGUCUAUGUAAUACCUUCCUAUCACGUCUUCUUGCCAAUGUAUGUGCAAUAUAUUAGAAAUAAAAUCAGAGGUCCCUUUGUCUAGUCAGCUCCCAAAAUAACUAAGCCAAUAAUUGCUCUUCAAUGCAAUUUUGUUUUUCUGUCUGUAAGGUUUUUUAAGUUGCUUUGGAAUUAUUCCUCUUUCUGGACUAUUUUUAACUUCUAGAAAAGUUAGGACAACUUUAUUAAUGCUGGUGAGGCCUCGAUGCAGGAGAAAGUAUGGAAAUAUUCUUUUGGCCAUAAUUUCAGAUAAAGCCCAUCCCUUUCCACUAGGUAGGUGAGCAGGCAGGGCUUGCAAAGUGCUCUUAGCUGCCUUUCUGAACGGCUCAGACCACCAGAUGGGCCACUGUGAAUUGUCCUGUCCAGAGAACCUUUCUCUUACCUCCUUGCUGCACCAAUUACUUGAUGUUAUUCCUUAUAUCUUUCCUUGGGGGCUUCAGGGUACUUUUAGGUGGGAUAAAAUGAAGUUCAGCAAGUAAUUCGUUUUUGAUGGUGCAAAAGAUACCAGUGUGUUAACAUUUGGAUAAUGGAAGAAGUGUGAAUUCUCUAAAAAUAAUUUAAAGGAUCAAAAGUGGAGGGGGAUUGCGGGAGUGAAAAGAACAGGGAACUGCUAUACAGUAUUUUAAUCAUAAACCUCAGGACCAUUUAACUUUUUAAACUAUAUGCAUACAUUAUGUAAUUUUUGAUAAAAUAAUUUAUUUUUAAAAUAAUUGUUUUAAUUUGAGAGUCCUUAUCAGUUCUUAGUGCACUCAAACAGCUCAGUCAGGUUUAAAGUAGAGGCCUAAUCCAGUGAUUCUCAACCCUGGAUGCUCAUUAUGAUGAUCGGAGGAGCUUUAAAAAUACCAGUGAUCCAGCCAGACACCAGACCAAUUAAAUCAGAAUGCCUGGACAUGUCUUGGACAUUGAUAUUUAUUAAAAGUUGUCCAGAUAAUUCUAGUUUUUCACCAGGGUUUAGAACAUGGGACCCAUCUACUAGUCUGUUCUUUCUGUCCUCAAACUUCUCUUCCCAUUAGAUUGUGAGAUCCUUGAGGGUAAGGAUGGUCAUUUACACAUCUUUAUUUCCCCAAAGCAACUACUGUAGUACCUCAAACAUGGAAGGUGCUCAUAAUUAUUUGUUGAAUGGAUUUGCUACUUUCAGAGGAUCAGAAUCUACUAGGGAUAAAGUUUAUAUUUAAUGAAAUGAAUACCUAAUUUUGGAGACUUCAAAGAGGUCAAUGUGGAGAAUAAUCAGCACUGCAAUAAUGAAGAAUAAGAGGAUAAUGGAAUUUAAGCUGUUUUUUUAGGCAACAGGCAAAGUUAAAGAUCCAUGUUGAUGGGAGUUCAUUAGGUUUGAGUUUGAGAUUAGCAAUUGGUGGGGACUAAGAAUAAUUGACUAUCUUGCUUGUUCUUAGAAUUCUAAAUUUUUCUAUAGACCUUUAAUAUAAUGGAUAAAACAGUUAGUUUGAUGAACUAAUUUGCCUGCUAUAAGAAGUUCUAAAACUUACUUUUAAAAAGAAGGGUAUACCUGGCCUGGUAGCUCAGUUGGUUAGAGUAUCAUCACAAUAAACCAAGGUUGCAUGUUCAAUCCUUGGUCAGGGCCCAGACAAGAUGUAAUUAAUGAAUGCAUAAAAAAUGGAACAACAAAUAGAUGUUUCUCCCUUUCUCUUUCUCUCCCUUCCUCUCUCUAACAUCAGUUAUAAUAUAAAUAAAUAAAGUUAAAAAAAUAAAAAGAAGAGUAGUAUACUUCUAUUGUGUUAAAUUUGAGAAGUGGAGAAAGGCAAAUAAAAAGUUCUUAUUA